AUGACCUCUGCAAACUCCCUACCAAGUAUAUUCCGACCUCCACGACAAACCGCCAUUUUCUGGGAAGGACCUGAUGAUCAUGGCCCAGGACACCUUUCUCACUUCACUCUCCCAAAGGAUACUAAACUCUGCUCAACAUUUACAGCUCUUUUCUUUUCUGAACUCAUUGGAUCUGCGCUCAUCACUUUGUCCUACUAUUUUAUCGAUCCAAGGCUGAACUACAACGCAGUUACUGGAGCGCUCUCUGUUUGUGGCCUCGUUUACGCAGCUGUCUGGUUAACCUAUCCUAUCUCUGGGUCCAAUUUGAAUCCAAUGAUUACGCUGGCUUUCUGUUUAACUAGGAGAAUUCCUUUCAAGUAUCUUUUUGUCUAUUGGGCUGGUCAGUUUGCAGGAGCUGGGCUAUCCAUGGGUAUUGCUCACUUAGUGUCACCAUUUUCGAAAGUGAUUGCUAAUAUGGGCAUGACGCUUCCACAGCAAGGAAUUUCGGAUUUCACUGUAAUGAUUAUUGAGUGUAUAUUUACGUUUUUGUUAAUCAUUGUCAUUUGCUCUGGAACGGAUGAACUGAGAGACUACCUGUGGACUACUGGAGAUGGAUCAACUCUGGCCUUCGCGUAUGCGCUUGCUUAUAUGAUCAACCACAUGGCCUUAGUAAGUGGAUUCAAUGCUAAUAACGAAAUGAACUCCUUAAACUGGGUUUAA